GAAGGAUUGUACGCGAAGGGUGAUGGCAGGACCAGCUGUUUUGGUGGCGAGACACCACAACAACAAGAAAGCAAGCAAGAUGUGGUGUGUGGGUUGGUGGGCGUGCUGCUGGUCGUUGCCGCUGCUGUUGCUGUUGUCGGGGCCGCAGACUGUGCAACCAGCACCGAUCCCGCUGAUCUUGGACCACAAGAACAUCAUCAUGACCCUGCAUGGCCUCAUGGACCACGCCGACCUCCCGAAUGUCAUUAUGCAGGACAGGGCGGAGGUCAUUGGCCGUGCACGUGUGUUUUACGACGCGCUUGGGGACCACAGCGACAGUCCAACCCUGGCCUAUGCCAGCAUGGACCUUGACGGCAACGGAAGACUCAAGCUGAGCGAGGCGGUGCUCUGGACUCUCGCUGCAACCGACGCCCUUGCAGACAUGGCCAACGAAACGGCCACUCUCGAGUUUCAGCAUAUGGCGGACGGCAAAGCACGGCUUGACCCCUCGCUGGUCAAAACCAUGGGCACGGUGCAGUACAGCGCCAACGCGUUUGACCAUCUGUUUGAGGCCAUCGACGCGGACCGCGAUGGCAUGUUCUCGCUGCAGGAGUACGUGCUCUUUCGCUACCCAGACUACAGCGACACGCUGCGAGCUGUGUUUGCAGAUCGCUUCCUGGACCAGUUUGACACGGAUAAGAGUGGGUCCUUGUCACUGAGUGAGUUUCUCAAUGGCACCCUGGUCAUCCAAGCACCGGAUGCGUCUCCAUACAGCGCGCAAUCGUACGACUACAGGAGUGAAAGGGACACCGUCGCUCGCAUGUUUGAGGACAGCCUGGACACGAACCACAGCGGGGAGCUUGAGAAAGAUGAACUGGCCGCCAUUCUACACCCUGCCCAUUUUUCCCACAGCGUCCACGAGGCUUAUGCGCUCUUUGUCAAGUGUGAUGCAAACGGGGACCAUGAGCUCAGCCUCCAGGAGCUACAGGGCUGCCAGGAAACGAAGCCAUUUCUUCAACGGCAUUCGUUGGUGCAUGUGAGCACGACCCAGGUUGUUGAGGAUGUGUAUGGACGUAUGGGCCAGCGGUUACGUCGCCUCGGCCUGGCUCACAUCCACGAUGAACUCUAGCUAGAGGGGAGCAAGCAAAGGAAGCGAGGGAGUGGAUGGAGUGGAUGGUGGCAGAAGGACG